CCCUAGAUCCUUCUCAUUACAGCCACAGACUGAUAGAGGGAGAGCAGGGGAGGGCUGCAGACAGCUAUGAGAGUGGGCGAGGGAAGGAGAGUCAGGAGUCGUUAACAGGGAGAAUUAGACAAAUAAGAAAUCCUACUUGAGUGCCCACCUCCCCCUGGCUGCGGCUUCCUCACUGCACUACCUGGGGCACAUAUACACACACACAGGAAGGUGUUUCAGGGAGGCUUAGAGGGCUGACUGUCCAGUGAAGAAGGGAAUUAAGCACUUUUGUUUUCAAUCCGCUGCGUCCAUACUCAGGAGAAAGAAAGGGAUUACAGCUCGUGCGCCUGCCCCACUUGUUCACCUCUUCUCUUUGUGUUUUGUCCUCACUGAGUUACUUUGGAGACUUUGGAUACAACCUUCUUGAAUUGUUGUUCUGAACUCAGAGAGGCAUGGCACACGGACAAAAGAGCCCCAGGUGGGCAUUAACCCAGGGCUCCUUCAGCUUGGCACUGGCUCUGUCGCUCUUCUCCCUCCUCCUCCUCCUCCUCACCGUCUCGGCCGCAGAUGAGUACGACUACUACAGCUGGCAGUCAGACAACUUCCACAAUGGCCGCUUCUACACCAAGCAGCCCCAGUGUGUGGACAUACCAGCUGACCUGCGCCUGUGCCACAACGUCGGCUACAAGAAGAUGAGGCUGCCCAACCUGCUGGACCACGAGACCAUGCCAGAAGUCAAGCAGCAGGCGGGCAGCUGGGUGCCCCUCCUGGCCAAGCGCUGCCACGCCGACACGCAGGUGUUCCUGUGCUCGCUGUUCGCGCCGGUGUGUCUGGACAGGCCCAUCUAUCCCUGCCGCUCGCUCUGCGAGGCGGUGAGGGACAGCUGUGCCCCCGUGAUGGAGACCUACGGCUUUCCCUGGCCCGAGAUGCUGACCUGCGACAAGUUCCCCAUCGAUAACGACCUCUGCAUUCCCAUGCAGUUCACAGGGAACCACGCCACGCAGCCACCAGUGUCGAAGGUGUGCCCGCCCUGUGACAACGAGCUGAAGGCGGACAACAUCAUGGAGCACUACUGCGCCAGUGACUUUGUCCUGAAGAUGAAAAUCAAAGAGGUGAAAAAGGAGAAGGGCGACCGGAAGCUGAUCGCGGCACAGAAAAAGAAGAAAGUCUUGAAGCAGGGAGUGUUGAGGAAGAAGGACCUGAAGAAACUGACCCUGUACAUCAAGAACGGCGCCAACUGCCCCUGUUCCCAGCUGGACAGCCUCGGCUCCAACUUCCUCAUCAUGGGCCGCAAAGUGGACCAGCAGCUCCUGCUCAUGUCCAUUCACAAGUGGGACAAGAAGAGCAAGGAGCUCAAGUUCGCCAUCAAGUACAUGAAAUCCCACCAGUGUCCCACGUACCACUCUGUUUUCCAGUGACGCGGCAGAGUCCAGCAUUGUACCCCACAUUCCUCAUAGAUUACAUGCUCUUCUCAAUAACGCAUCCCUGAAUCCCAAACCCUUCCAGAACACUCCAGUUCCUAACGUAAUCCGACAAGGAUUUGAAGGAUACUGUACUUUUUCUCAGCAAUAAAAUGAAUUGUGACAGUCGAGGCCACUUUAAAAAAAAACAAGCGUUUUUGGUUCUAGUUAAGAAAAUAUUAUCUUAAUCUCUAAAAACAAAGAAACAAUUACUUCAAUCUACUUCGCCAUACAGUCAAAGGACUCAUGUGUAGAGUUUUGUGGCAUCUAGCAAUAAGAUUAAGGAUGAAAACCAACUGGAAACUCAUCCCUCUUUGGUUUGUAAGAGAACCUACAGCCUUAGCGUCAGGUCUGUUAGUUCAGGUAAACUCUAGAAACACUUCAUAGGUAGUUCUCUGAUAGAGAAACGCCUCCAUCUGUAGAUUAUUGUGCCGAAAACAACAACAUUUAGUUGAGGGCUAUCAUGCAACAUUUUUCUACAACAUAUCAUCACAGAUUGGACCUUUAAUACUUUUUAUAUAUUCAGUUCUAUUUUCUGAUUAUAGUUCAACAAUCACAAUAAAAAUUCUGGAAAAAAUAGUCUGGAAUUUAACAGCAGAUACAGCAUGGAGGAAAAGAUGAGUUUUGUUUCUGUGUUAAAAAAAAAAAAAAAGAAAAAGAGAAAUGAUCUUGUGUGUGUGGGAUGAAUGAUGUGCCAAAUGCAUGAGCUGGCACAGAGCUCCACGGAAUAACAUCAAAGCAAAGAAAUCUAGAUGAUCCACUUAACUGUAUGUUUUAAUGAUGUAAAGAAAAAAAAAUAGGCAAUCCAUAUGAAUACUAGAUAAUUAGAAACCUUGGCCUUUUUCUUUUAUCCCUGCUGGGAAAGAGGACCGGUGGGAAAAAAGACAGUGACGGACUGAAUGAUGCUUCCACUGACUUUGUACAGUACCUGUUUGAUGUGGCCUGAAAGAGGGAAACUUGAAGAUUUUUUUUUUCUUUUUUUUUUUUUCUUUUUGAAUUGGAGAGAGAGAGAAAAUUGAAAGGAUAGAAGAUAUCCCCCUGAAAACUAGAGGAUAAAAGAGAAAGAGACUCUGGACAGAACCAACGAUGUUGGAUUGAUAAGUCUCUGGUACUCACUACUUUUCACUAUCAUUCUUCAAACGUUUCUCUCUUUUUGUACUAAAGUUCUUUAAUUUGAUCCCAGUUAAACGUUUAUGGUAUGAAAGCAGAAAUCAUGCAUACAACAUAGCAUCUGAAUACACUGUUGCUGUAGCAAUGAAAGAUGAAAAUUUAACUUUUGACAACAUUUUCUAACAUAUUAACCUGUAAGUAGUUCUGUUACUGAAAUAGAUCAAUGUUUUACAAAUAAAAUAAAUAUAUUUGAAAUUUU